AUCAAAGAACGUCAUGCUGGGGUUUUCCGUAAAAUUCACUCGCCUCAGCGUGUGGAGAAACGAGACAAGACAACUGUGUGCACGGCAGGCUGGGAGACAGACACUGGUGCUGAAAAUAAGUACUUUGGACAUCUAAAACGCAUUUAAAUAGUCUAGACAUAAGAAGAAUCGAUCGGUAGUUUAAGGAAACGAAUAGACCAACUGGACUGUAAACAUCUCGCUAGUUUGCUUAGGGGUUUGUUGACAAACGAGUGCGACGUUUGUCUAUUUACCUCAUUAUUAUUUCAGCCACAUAUACCCGUUCGUUUUGUUGUUUUUAAAAACCAUUUUACCUCUGGAGAAAUGUCCACCCUGCCUGCCGUCGUACCUGAGAAGGGCAGACCGGAAGUGGCCUCUCCUCCAAACAUCACGAGUCCAGCGGCGUUACCUGGGCAACCGGCGCCUCACGAGCAUCCUCAGACCCUCUACGUCAUACUGGACUCCUCAGCCGAAUCUCUCAAUCUCAUCAGUGUUGAACCCCUGCUGCCUGAGUCUGGGAUUGUAGCUGAUUUUGAGGUGGACAGCAUUUUCUCGACCGAUUCUGACACAUUCUACGAGAUAAAGAGUCAGCCUUUUACAUCAAGUGGCUCUCUGACCUCUGCUGACCCCGUGACCCCAGCUGGCUCUGUGAUGACGUCACGUGUGUUGAUGAGACAGGAGCUGAUGCGACAGCAGGCUCAGGACCAGGAGAGGCGAGAGGUCCAGAAACAGGCCUCCAGUGCUCAGCUACGGGCCUCUGAUGCCACCCCUGCUAUCUCUGUAGCCUCCACACUGCCUUCCACCCCCACCCAGGUGCCCGUGGAAGUGCUGAAGGUUCAAACUCACUUGGAAAACCCGACAAAGUACCACAUCCAACAAGCCCAGAGACAGCAAGUGAAGCAAUACCUCUCUCACACCCUGGGAAAUAAAUUGGCCAGUCAGACCCUGGUGACAUCACCCUCACCCAAGUCUGGCUCUGCCCCAGAGUUGGCACCUGUUGCCAGCAGCACUCCCUGCAGCCCACUGGCUCUGCUCAGCUUGGGAUCAAACAAAGAAGAGAUUGAGGACGUCAUCGAUGACAUCAUCAGCCUGGAGUCAAGUUUAAACGAUGAAUUUAUGACUUUGAUCGACUCGGGUUUGCAGCUUCCCAACACGCUGCCAGUCUCAGGGAAUCUCCUGGAUGUCUACAGCAGUCAGGGGAUGGCGACGCCCAACAUCACUGUCAGCAACUCCUGCCCUGCAGACCUACAUGACGUCAAGAGAGAGCUGACCGAUCUUCAUUCUUCAAGUUUCCGAUGUGGAAGUGGCUCACCAAAUGCUUAUCAAGAGCCGUCCGUCUUUACACUGCAAAGCUCGGCACAGAAGCCGCAUCAGCAGCUGCAUAAAUAUGCAGAGGCAAAAGCUCUUAUGAAGGAGAGACAGAAAAAAGACAACCACAACAUCAUUGAGAGAAGACGACGGUUCAACAUUAAUGACCGCAUUAAGGAACUGGGAGGGCUUAUUCCAAAAUCUUCUGACCCGGAGGUGCGCUGGAAUAAGGGGACCAUCCUGAAGGCAUCAGUCGACUACAUCCGCAAGCUGAAGAAGGAGCAGCAAAGAGCCAAAGAGAUGGAGAUGAGACAGAAAAAGCUUGAACAAGCCAAUUUCAGUCUGCUCCUACGCAUUCAGGAGCUGGAGAUGCAGGCUCGUGUCCACGGCAUCUCUUCAUCCCAGAAUUCUGACUCCACACUAGCCCAGCAGCAGACAUUAACUCUGGAUUCCCACCCCAGCGAUGACCCCCUUUCCAAAACCCAUUUGUUGCUCAACCAGACCACACCCUCUUCAUUCUUGUCUCCGCCUUCUUCCACCUCCUCUGUGGGCGGGGCAGUUACAAGCUCCCUGGACCUCGGGACUAUCAGCUUUGGCGAGCUAGACGACCCUGCCUCCUCCGUAUUUAACCCUGCCCUUAUGGCAGAUAUAGGAUUGGGGGACAUCCUAAUGGACGACAGUGGCAUCGAUCCCCUGCUUUCCUCCGUGUCCCCGGGAGCUUCCAAAACAAGCAGUCGUAGAAGCAGCUUCAGCAUGGAGGAAGAUUUGUGACACCCUGAUGUCAGACAAUAGCUUGGCGUGGUCCACGAGGACUGUCGUUUAAUUUGUAGAGCAACGCUGCAACCCAGCGUCUACUUUCCUGCUUGUGCACUCCAUUGACGGCCAGUAGAGGGCAGUGUAAUCCCAAGAUCGUUCAUUUAUCAUUGUACUGUUGAAGUCUUGAAUGAACAGUGGUAAGUUACAUACCAGAGGCGACUCAAAAAUACAAAGACUUUGGGAGCAGACGCUGAUAUUUAAAGCCUUGUUUAUUACCUGGACCUCUGAUUAAUAUAUAUAUAUAGCAGCAUAUAUUUGUACAUAGAGUAGAUUUAGUGAAUCUAAAACAUCUAUUUUGUGUUUGUAUUAUGCAGUUGAAUGAAAAGUAGCAAGCAGUAUAAUAAUAACUUCUGGACAUUUAAUUUAUCUCACAAUGUCAGUACAAAAACAUGCCUGAAAAGGUAAAUAUGAUUCAUUUUAGAUUAAAUUGUCACCUUUAUAUGCCAUGAACAGUAGGUUCAAAACGUCUGCAACCACAUUGAAAAUGUAGAAUCAUUUGAACCAAUUAAAGGAGAUUUUGGAAAAUGUAUAUCUUCAUAUUAAAUUAAUAUUAUUAGAUAUAUUUUGGUAUUUAAGAUUUCUAGGUCACUUAUCAAAUGUAAGCAGAUUUGACCAUGUUAACUUCUUUGUUUAGAUGGUCAAAUGUCGAACAAGAUGUAACUUUCUUAAAUCUUCCUGGAUAACAUGAUCAUCAGCUUUUGAGGCCAGCUCGAGUGCAUGCUGUUUUUAAGCAAAUGUGGGACAUACCAAAUUGGAAGAACUUCUGAAAAUCAUAGCCAUUUUUAAAUUGAACUUUUCACUCAGAUUGUUAUGCUGAUAAUAUAAUUUGUAUAAAAACUUUAAGUGAAAAAUUGUAAUGAGUUAAAUGCAUAAUCGGAGAAUUCUUUCUUGUGGUCUCAGACUUUUGAACUUGUCGUGUUAACUUUGAGGUAGCUCAUCAAAUAUCAAAGGGACAGUAGUGUUUUUGUUUUCAUUUUUUGAAUGUGUGCGAGAAUGUGUAUCCGCAUGCUUGCACGUCUUCACAUUUGACAAGGCGGCAAUAAACCGGUUUCUAAACAUGCUUUAUAUGUCCUCAGGAAAAAACAACUGACAGAAAAAACUCUGCUUUCAUUUCAAGUUGGGAUCUUUUUUUUUCUUUCAGAGAUUGUGAAGGCUUUGAAAGAUGUACAUCUUAACAAAAUGAAUAAAUAGGCGGCCUAAAUUUCCCAGAGCUGGUACAUUCAAUACCUACACAUUUAAAUAUGUAUUAAAUACCUAUUCUGAACACAAAAUUGGAUCUUGCCCAGCAAGGAUAAUUCUUAAGCCAACUUUGAUUUGAACUUAAUGAUUUUUAUUUGAUCAAAUUGAGACCCCAACAAUUCCAGAUUUCUACUUUCGGAUCACUAAUUAUUAUUAUGUGCAGAUGUUAGAUUGUCUAUGCAAUACUUAAAUGGCAAAUAACCAAAGGUUUACGUGAUCGGAUGACUGUCGAGUUUCAUUUGUCUUUCAAAGAAACUCUGAUGUCACAAAAAUGUUCCUGUUCUCUGCCACAGAGGAACAAAUCAUAUUAAAUGGAUAGUUGACCUAAAAAUGAAAAUGCUCUCAUCAUUUACUCACCCUCAUGCCAUCCCAGAUGUGAACUCCAGAACGUCCAGAAAUCUGAAGCUCAAAAAAGCACAUAAAGGUAGCAUAAAAUUAAUCCAUACAACUCCUGGUUACAUCCAUGUCUUCUGAAGUGAUAUGAUGGGUAGGAAACAGACCCUUUCCUAUCAAAUCGCUUCUGAAGACAUUGAUUUAACCACUGGAGUCUUAUUAAUUGCUUUUAUGCUGCCUUUAUGUGCUUUUUUGAGCUUCAAAGUUCUGGACCCUGUUGACUUGCAUUAUAUGGAUCUACAGAGCUGAAAUAUUCUUCUAAAAAUGUUUGUGUUUUGCCGAAGUAAGUCUAGGAUGUCAUAAGGGUGAGUAAAUAAUGAGAGACUUUUAAUGAAUCGUUGAACUGUCAUUUUAGGUUGGAAAUGCAUUCCUGCAAUAUAUUUUGGCUGUAUUAUGGUUGUUACACAUGCUCAUUGUCAUUAAUGGUUUCAAGUUUUGAGCCAGAAGAUACAUUUAAAGGAAAUCAGAUGAAAACGCUUCCUUUUAAUAAAACUGUAGAAUGACGUGUAAUCCAAGUUUACUUUUGGGAAAGUACUUCUGGAUAACAACGCUGGAAACGUACUGUAUAAAACCUGUUUUUUAUAUGACUAGAUUUUGGCACUGUACAUUUGUUUCCCAGUGGAGAAAAGAUAAAAACUAAAAGGUGCAUGAAAAUGUACAACUUGUCUAUAAUAUGUGGUGAUAUAUCUGGUUAAACAUGUAUAUAAUAAUAAUAUAUAUAUUGAUUAAAUGAUGUACUUGUGUAGCACAACCACUAACAAACUUUCUGAAGAUAUUUUUAUUUUACUCUUUAACAGUGCUAUUAUUGUGGAUCAAGUUAUAAAACUUGUGUUCAAGGUUACACAAAAUAUAUUUUUAAAUAUUUUCAAAGAUAUUAAUGUCUACCAUGAUGGAUAGUUUUAGUACCUUGCUUACAUACUUAAAAUGCUUUUAGAAAAAUCACAGAACACAUGAUUAUCGUGUCGUAAAAUCUUAUUAAUGUAAUUACUUCAGAUCUAUGCAAUGUCAAUUCCUUGUGUUUGUGCGAUCCCUGUAUUGUUGCAUUCAGCUUUAGCGUGGUAUAAUGCAGAAUUGCAUGUCCACAGCUGGUGCGCAGCUGCUUUUGUCAAUGCAGAAUCACAGCUGAAGAUGCUCUGAUCUGCCGAAAAACAUAAAUUCAGUCCUAAACCGCUGGGAAUCGCUGCUUUCUUGGCUCUCUUACAGCAAAAUUAUUACUUUGAAUAUAUUUCUUUUGUAGCCUCUUUUUUUUUUUUUUUUUUUUUUUUUGGGACACCCAGCAUUGGGAUAUGAGCCUUUGUGUGUUUUGGACAUUGUUAUACAGUUUCUGCCUGUUCAAAUGCCCUAAAACUUGCCAUCAGUUACGUGGUCUGUCAGGAGCCUCAUCUGAAAAACUCUAUCAAAACUUUUGAAAUUCACUGUAUAACUGUAUUGCAAACGAAUAGAGAAAAAAAUAGGCAGUGUUUACAUUCAUGUCAUGAAUAUGUACUUGAUAAUAUCUUGUAGAUGUCCAAUCAGACUUUAGCAAAGGGAAUGUGUUUUAUUGUAUUUCAAUAUAUCCACACUGUGGAUGUUUAUUCCUGUAUUUUCCUAACAACAUUGAAACAAGCAACAGUUAUGCAGAAUUCUUUUUGUACUCUUCGAUAUUAGUUUUGUUUUUUACUUUUAGGAAAAAAGUAUGAAUAAAGUUGUAAAACAAAAAUCUCUUCUUUUUUUGGUGAACUGUAGCUUCAACUCUGAUUGUAAAAGUCCUUAAAAUGCUUAAACAGCGCAUUUACAUGCACAUUACACCAAUUACACGUUAUAAGCCAACAACUUGUGUUGUCAUGUAAAUGACUUAAACUGCAUUAUUUUGGGGGUUUAAAAGCUCAUGAACUGUUUAAACCGAUCGACACAGUUAUAUUUCUGUCCAUUAUCGUAAUUCCACUCUUUAUAAACCCCUUUU